UCCGGAGCGACUCUGCUGUUACUUCAUGUUCUGCUGAGAAUAAAUACUUUCCUGUGGUCUUCACUUCUUUGUGGCAGAAAAAAGGCUCGGUUUAAAGUGUUCUUCUCUACCUCAGGUGCUUCGACAUGGCGGGGAACUUCUGGCAGAGCUCUCACUAUCUGCAGUGGGUUUUGGACAAACAGGACCUGAUGAAAGAGCGACAGAAGGACCUGAAGUUCCUCACAGAGGAGGAGUACUGGAAGCUGCAGAUCUUCUUCGCCAACGUGAUCCAGGCUUUGGGUGAACACCUGAAGCUGAGGCAGCAGGUCAUCGCCACUGCGACGGUUUACUUUAAACGCUUCUAUGCCAGGUAUUCUCUGAAAAGCAUCGAUCCGGUGCUCAUGGCUCCUACCUGUGUUUUCCUGGCUUCCAAAGUUGAGGAAUUUGGAGUCGUGUCCAACACCAGGCUGAUCUCUGCAGCAACAUCUGUGUUGAAAACACGAUUUUCCUACGCCUUUCCAAAGGAGUUCCCCUACAGAAUGAAUCAUAUAUUAGAAUGUGAGUUCUACCUUUUGGAGUUGAUGGACUGCUGCCUGAUCGUGUACCACCCCUACAGACCUCUGCUGCAGUACGUCCAGGAUAUGGGACAGGAGGACAUGCUGCUGCCUCUGGCCUGGCGAAUCGUGAACGACACGUACAGGACGGACCUGUGUCUGCUCUACCCGCCCUUCAUGAUCGCCCUGGCUUGUCUACAUGUCGCCUGUGUGGUGCAGCAGAAAGACGCCCGGCAGUGGUUUGCUGAGCUCUCCGUGGACAUGGACAAAAUCCUGGAGAUUAUUCGUGUCAUUCUGAAGCUCUACGACCAGUGGAAAAACUUUGACGACAGAAAGGAGAUAGCUGCUGUUCUAAACAAGAUGCCGAAACCCAAACCACCUCCCAACAGUGAAAGCGAUCAGAGCUCCAACGGGAACCAAAGCAACUCCUACAGCCAGUCUUAGCGCCACGUCUGCGUUUAAACGGAUCUUCUUAACAUCACAACACGACUUCUUUCUGCAGCUUCACAGAGACGUCCGAUCAUCUGCGACAGACUCCGAGCGUCGUGUGGAUUACCGACCAAACGGCAACAACGUCCGGCGGCGGCGUCUCCGUUCGGUUCCGACUUGAAGCUAAAAAAACUGAGGGACUUUGUGGGGAGGGGAUCGGAGGGGGAAACGUUUCGGACGAUGAUCCUGACAUCCUUGAACUUACCGGAGGAAACUUGAUCGCGAUUACUGUGUGUGCGUCGAAUAUGUGUGAAUGUUUGUCUGUUGCCGGGCGGGUUUUCAUUCCUCAGGGAUCCUCACGUAAAAAUCUGAUUGGACAAGCAGCUGUGAUGCGACAAGAGGCUCCUCCCUCCCGUCUCCUCCUUCUUUACUGUAUAUAGCCUUAUUUUUUAUUUCUUUUUUUGUAUUUGACGUAAUUAUGGAAACUUUACUAGAAAUUAUGAGCUGGUUUAGCUUCACGUGUCUGCUGCUGCGUUUUUAUUUCUUCUUUUAUUCCGCUCUAGUCAUAAAACGGGGGUGUUGAACUCAUCUUAGUUCACGUUCAGCCCAGUUUAGUCUUAAGUGAGCGGUAAAAUCACAGCAUAAUGACGGAUAAGUAACCAAAACUCCAGAUUUUACCUUUGUUUUACGUUUGUUUUGGACACAAAACGACAAAAACAAGACACAAAGUGACAAAAAGAGACGAAAAAUGACAAAAAUUAGUUACAAACCGACACAAACGAGAUGCGAAAUGACAAAAAAACAAGACCAAACGAGACACAAAAUGACAAAAUGAGAAACAAAGUGACAAAAAAGAUAACGAAAAGACGAGAGGAAAAAUAACAAAAACGAGAUGCAAAAUGACAAAAACAAGACAAAAUGAAAGUUACAAAUGACAAGACACAAAAAGACAAAAGCAAAACACAAAAGGACAAAAAUGACAAAACGACAAAAGCAGGGCGCAAAAUGACAAAAAUGAGACAAAAUUACAAGACACAAUGACAAAAAUUAGACACAAAAGGAGACAAAACGACAAAAACGAGACAAUAAGACACAAAAUGACAAAAAGAUGAGACACAAUGACAAAAACGAGACAAAACUGUGAGCAAUCUAGUUUUUACUUUAUCAUCAAAACAACUUAUGGUCUAGAAAUUAUUUUAAAUUCAUAGUUUGACAGGUUAAUAAUUUACAGAUAAUGUCUUCUCUGUACUUUUUACACUUUUGACCUGCCACAUGUUUGACACCCCUAGAAUAAUGUAUGAAAACUUUUCUGACUUUUUUUUGUUCUUCUUUUUAAUCCGCCUCCUCUCUGGAGUUGUGGCGACGUUUUGUUUCCGUUCACUCGUAGACGUGUGCGUGUUUCUGUGACGUUGUGAUCCUGUGUGCAAAUCGAGGUGCUCGGAAACACAAACGCUGCUGGUUGCCUAGGAAACCCUUGUUUUAGGAGCGCGUCGUCCAUCCAGGUGAGCUGCCACUAAUGUUUUACUCUGAGCGUUACUUGAAGGCGGGUUCUGGUAAUAAAAUGAUCGGUGUGCACAACA